GUCAGUCUGUUUACAUGUCGCCGAGCUAAGCUAGCUUUAGCCAUCGCUGAGCGGUGAGUGUUGGUGCAGGGAGGUCAAAGGUCAUCUGAGCCAGGCUUCAGCAUGGUCAAACAGCCACGGAGAACAGACAGGUGUUUUGUACCUGCUGUGAUGAACGGGGUGACGCGGGUUCGAUUCCCUGUCGGCCUCUCACAGCCGAGACAGCCUGUGACUCACCAGGUUUCAGGCAGGAAGUGGGCGGGUUCAGGGACAGGAAGCACUGACAACCGGCUGUGUUGUAGCUCCACCACCACAGAAGAAGAGAGAGGAGACCCAGGAGCUGACGGAGGUUCAGGAGAGACGGAGACAAAGAGGGCGAGACUGGACAGAACUGAGGAGGCUGCUGGUCCGGCCAAUAGAGAGCGAGUCCCGGGGUCAUGUGGUCAACCAGGAAGUGAGAGCUGCUGCGCACAAGAUGGUGGUCCUCCUCCAGACCAGCUGGGGUCAGCAGAGCGGAGUGAGGACAGCAGAGCAGCUGAGCUGCAGAGUGUGGCGUCUCUGAAGGUCACCAUCCAGCAGAGCAGUGAGAGCAGAGAGUUUGGACAGACAGACAGGACAGCUGACAGACAGACAGGUGGACUCCACUGUCACGUCUGUAACCUCACCUGUCGCUCUCUGCAGGUGUUUCAGGAACACAUGGUCGGAUCAGAACACCUGAGGAAACUGAAGGACAUCACACAGUCAAUCUGCCUCAAUACACACACACAGCAGGACAGGGGGCAUUGGCCUGACACGCAGCGCUGGUGCGACACCUGUCAGACUCACUUCAGCGGCGAUGUCAUCAUCCAUCGACGGACGAAACAACACAAGGUGUGUAAGCAGCUGUGUCGUCCCUUCUGUCCGGUCUGUAAACGUCACUUCAGGACCCCCAGGAAGUUUGUGGAGCACAUGAAGUCUGCAGAGCACAAGCAGCAGGUGCACCUGCAGGAGGCUCAGGAGGACGAGCUGAUCACAGUGGAUGCUGUCGGCUGCUUUGAGGGAGAGGAGGAGCGGCAUGAGGAGGAGGAGGAAGAAGAACUAGAAGUAGCUGAUGAAGAGGAAGAGGGUGGCGCAGGCAAAGAAGGAUCAGUGGAGGAAUCGUUGGAGGCAGCUGACACACACAGAGAGGGAUAUGACCCCAACAUCACAUAUGGAAGUAGUUUUGUGGUUCCUGUUUCUGGCUUUCUGUGUCAACUCUGUAACAAGUUCUUCUACAGAGAGACAACAGCACGACACACACACUGCAGGACACACACACACUACCUCAACCUGCAGAGUCGACAGACGAGAUGUGAAGGUGAGGACACAUCUGCUCUGACCUGACCCGCUCAGACCGUAUCCCACAAUGCAUCUAUGUAUCCAGGUGACGGACUGAUGAGGACGUCUUCCUGCUGUCUGAUGUAUUUUCAUGUUCCACCUGUUCUCCACAGAACUUUAACAUCACAGCUGACCUUUUCCACACAAACAAUUAAAACAUUAAAGUAAAACUGUACAUUCAGUAGCUGUCCUGUUUUUCAUUGGCUAAUAUUCAGAUGAUGUUUAGACCAUCAGUGACAUCUGGUGGCUGUUAGAUGAACUGCAGCCUGAGCACAAUCAGAGUUUUACAGUGUGUAUUAGUUAAGACUUUAUUCAUCUGGCACUGGAGAAAUUUACUCUUACAGAAGCUCUU